AUGUCAUUUUCCAACACGGCACUGAAUACGCAUUAUAACGAGGUAUAUGACAGUCACGUGUCAAUUAAAAGACCCCGUUUCGUAUUAGGAAUGUUAACAUCACAUGCCAAUACCGCGUACAGGGACGGACAGCGAUCGACGUGGCUGUCAACUGUAAAUAUGUUACAAAACCAGCUGCCGUUCACGAUUACUUAUAAAUUUCUUAUCGACCGCCCUACAAACGAGACUAUAAUAGAACAAAAAGUCUACAACGAUAUUGUUUUUCUGAAUGUCACAAGUCAAGGAAGGGCAGUAAGAUUCGGAGAGAAAUUGUAUGUGUGGUUUAAAUAUAUUUAUGAAAAUUAUCCAGACGUUUUACUUGGGGCCAAGGUUGAUGAUGACGUUUUUCUAUGUGUUCCACAAGUUUUCACAAGGAUUGAUCAACUAAAAUCAACGAAACUGUAUUACGGAUGGACCCAUGGUUCGGGGCAGAAAAUAAAUACACGUACACGUAUGGAUGAAAUGUUUGUAGUUCUUGGUAGAGAGCUACUAGAAAGAAUUUCAAAGCGAAAAUAUUGUUAUGGAAGGAGAUGUAAUCCUAGUAUAGAUUUAAUCGAUACUAAUUUUGGAGGUACAUCUUUGGGAUCCUGGUUGUCGAUAUAUGAUGACGUAGAUUACCGCCCUGAUAACAAUAUCAUUGUCCAUAUCAUUGACAAUGAAGAAAUUAAACAAAACAUAAAGCCAAACUUUUGUUCCAAAUUCAUUUUGAACCAUAAAUCAUCUGUGGAAAUAAUGAAACAAUUACAUGAACAUAACAAUCGUCUCACAUCCUUAAACAUUUCCUACACUGGUGCUGUGACAGGAUCGCUGUUCUCGGGUGAUGUGAUUCGGUCAGGGUUACCCAAGGUACCAACGAAGCAAUAUCAGUGUUUGGCAGUUUUAGACAAGAUACCAGCAUGUGACAACUGGGCGGUUGUUACUACAAUUUUUCCUCCUUCGAAAGCUGUGAAAUAUAUAUCAUCGCUUUUAAACUGGUGUUUGGUCAUAGUAGCUGACACAAAGACUCCACCUGAAGCUGCAUACCUUUCUGAGAUUGAACUUAAUAAAGAAACAUCAAAAACAGUAAAAUAUCUUUCGUUGGAGGAACAAUAUACCUUGUACCCGUUGUUAGCGGAUGUUAUCCCAAUCCAACACUUUGGAAGGAAAAAUAUCGGUUACAUGUAUGCUAUACAUCACAAAGCUAAAUACAUCUGGGACUUCGAUGAUGAUAAUAAUGGUAUAGUGGAUUUGGACGAUUUCAAAACAGAUCAUUUUGAUUACGUCACAAUCUGUAACACCACUCAUAAUCCACUUAUGAACCCCUAUCCCUAUUUCGGUGUCACAGAAACAUAUACCUGGCCAAGAGGUUUUCCACUACAAGACAUUAAAAACAAAACUUCAAUGCCUAACUUCUGUCACGCAAGUGAUACUGUCCACCUGGGCAUAGUACAAUCAUUAGCCAAUCAACAGCCGGACAUUGAUGCUAUUUAUAGACUUACACGUGACGCUCCUUUUACCUUUCGCGCAACAACAAAAUCUCACCUUCCAAUUGUUGUGCCAGCUAAUAUGUUUGCCCCAUUCAAUGCCCAGGCGACUUUAUGGCUACCGUCGGCGUUUCCUUACCUAGCAUUACCUAUCAGUGUAAAUGGGCGUGUCAGUGAUAUUUGGAGAAGCUACAUUGCUCAAUUCUUUCUUCACCAAAAUGAUGUCCGCUUGGCAUUUUCGCCACCGUAUGUCACACAAGAAAGAAAUACCCACAAUAUUUUAAGAGAUUUUAAUGCAGAGUUGGAUUUGUACCAAAAAAGUAAACAAUUUGUGAAUCUUCUUUCAUCUGAAACGAGUAGAAAUCACCCAAACCUAUUGGAGUUGUUCAAAGAUUUAUAUUCACGAGGAUAUCUCGAAGAAGCCGACAUUCAGUUCGCUGAUGCAUGGGCCAAAACAUUUGCAAUAGUAAAAAAAUGA